UCCCGCGAGGAGGAGAAGUUGGUGUUUUGAGCCUCUUGUGUCACUGGCGGACUGAGCUGUCAGCGCCGCCGGAGCAGGACGCUCAACAGUUCAGUGCGCAACUGUAGUGUUUGUGCUUGAAGGGGGACUGGAGGGUCUGAACCUCCCAGCUCAGAACCGGAUGAACCUGCUGCACCACCUGCAACGGAUCUCUAUGUGAUUCAGUUACAGGAGGGGCCCUGCAGACGGCAGUCGCGCCAGGCACCAUGAGGCAGCAAGCUUGGCCUGAGAGAGCGGAGAAAUCACCCUUCAUCACUCUCAACCGGGCUGGGCAGCGGAGGAAAUGCACACAGAAGCAGCAGCAGCACAUGCCACAGCAGACACAGGCUAACACACACAUCUGAGAGUACAGCAGAGAGCAAAUGGGGAAGGCAGAAAGAGACUGAGAGAGAAGGGUGUCAGUAACUCAGAUUGCGUCAUUCUAAAUGGCAAAGUGGACCGGGCCACCCUCAGAGGCAGUGAUGUCCUUGUUAACGCAUUGUCCUUCGUUAGAACCUCCUUGUUAGAAAUCACAAGUCAGUCCCCCGCCCCUGUGAGGCUACAGAGCUGAGGGGCAGAGGAGAGCAAAACCAGAGGACGAGAGAGAGAGACAGAGCGGAAAAAAGAGACUGUGACAGGCCCCCAUGCAGGCCCGUAAGAAGUAUGUUCUGCUGGGCUUGUGUGCGUGCUGCUGGCUGGUCCUCUUUUACUGGGGUGGAGGAGUCCAGCUACGUCUGCUCCGCCUGCUGACACGCCACCGGGGUGAAGUGGUGCGCCCCUGGCCCAACUGGACCGACAGGGCCUUCCUGCCCCGCUAUGCCCACCUGGAUGAGCUUCAGACGGACCCCGGGACGGCUGAGUCGCCCCGCCAGCGCAGACAGGCGUGGUCCGCCAUUUAUAAGGACAGUCGCUGCCGCAUGGAGACCUGUUUUGACUUCUCGCGGUGUCGCCGCAGAGGAAGGGAAGGGUUCAGGGUGUAUAUAUAUCCAUCAGAGAAAAAUGACCGCGUGUCGGAAAGCUACAGGAAGAUCCUGACGUCCAUAGGCGAGUCCCGGUACUACACAUCAGACCCCCGUGAGGCAUGCCUGUUCGUGCUCGGGAUAGACACCUUAGAUCGGGACCAGCUGUCAGGACAGUUUGUGCCCAAUGUGGACGAACGUAUCCGUGGUUACCCGCUGUGGAAUGACGGGCGUAACCACCUGAUCUUCAACCUGUACUCAGGCACGUGGCCUAACUACACAGAGGACCUGGGCUUCAACAUCGGCCAGGCCAUCUUAGCCAAAGCCAGCCUCAACACGGAACAUUUCAGGCCAGGCUUUGACGUCUCCAUCCCGCUGUUCUCAAAGGAUCACCCGCAGAAGGGUGGAGAGCGGGGCUGGCUGGUGAGGAACACCAUACCGCCGCGAAGGAAGUACCUGCUGAUGUUCAAGGGGAAGCGUUAUCUGACGGGCAUCGGCUCAGACACCAGAAACGCUCUUCAUCACAUCCACAACGGGAAGGACAUUGUGUCUUUGACCACGUGCCGCCACGGGAAGGACUGGGAGAAGCACAAGGAUGCCCGCUGUGACCACGACAACCUGGAAUAUGAGAGGUUUGAUUACCAGGAGCUCCUCCACAACUCCACUUUCUGUUUGGUGCCUCGAGGUCGACGCCUGGGCUCCUUUCGCUUCCUGGAGUCGCUACAGGCGGCGUGCAUCCCAGUGCUGCUGAGUAACGGUUGGGAGCUGCCGUUCUCUGAUGUCAUACAGUGGAACCAGGCGGUCAUUGAGGGCGAUGAGCGAUUACUACUACAGGUGCCAUCCACAGUGAGAGCAGUAGGGAAUGAGAGAGUCCUGGCCCUCCGACAGAGGACUCAGAUGCUGUGGGAAGCCUACUUUUCCUCAGUGGACAAGAUAGUCCUCACCACACUGGAGAUCAUUAAGGACCGCGUGUUCUCUCACAUAUCGAGGAACAAGUACAUGUGGAACUCCCUGCCAGGAGGCCUGCUGGUCCUGCCAGAGUACUCCACUCACCUCGCACAUUUCCCCUUCUACUACCUGGGAUUAGGGGUCAGUCCGGGUCAAGAGUUUACUGCUGUCAUCCAUGCUGUUUCCCCACUGAUCUCCCAGUCUCAGCCAAUCAUGAAGCUGAUUCAGGUGGUCUCCAAGUCAAAAUACUGCUCACAGAUCAUCAUUCUCUGGAACAGCGAGAAGCCGCCACCCAGUCGGAGCAAAUGGCCUCCCAUGCCCGUCCCCCUCACUGUGACAGACGGCAGGAGGAAGACCACCAGUCGGUUCCUACCUCACGUUGCCAUAGAGACAGAAGCAGUGCUGAGUCUGGACGAGGAUACAGUGCUGCUGACCAGUGAGGUGAACUUUGCCUUCUUGGUGUGGCGGAGCUUCCCUGAACGGAUUGUGGGCUACCCUCCCAGGAGCCACUUCUGGGAUCCCCUGAAGCGUGCCUGGGGCUACACCUCUAAAUGGACCAAUGACUACUCCAUCGUCCUGACUGGAGCUGCCUUCUACCACAGGUACACCAACACACUGUAGCAAAGUAUGGAGAAAAGGCCAUUUAGAG